AUGGCAUUGCGACUAGCAGCACGCUCGCUGCGCUCUCAGGUGCCGUCUACGUAUCUGAGCUUGCCACAGGUGGCACGCCGUACGCUUGUGAGCAGCUGUGCGGUGCGCUCAGAUGUGCUAUUCGUGCACCGUGACACGCCCUACAACAACGCGUCUAUUCCGUUUUCGUUUGUUGGCGAGUACGAACAAGAGGCCAAAGAUAUCAUUAGCAAGUACCCGCCACAGUACAAGAAGGCGGCUGUGAUCCCGCUCUUGCAUCUUGCUCAGAAGCAGAACGACAACUGGGUCAGCAUUAGUGCGAUGAACCAUGUGGCCGACGUGCUUGAGAUGCCACCGAUGCGUGUGUACGAAGUAGCCACAUUCUACACCAUGUUUAACCGUUCUCCCGUCGGCAAGUUUUUCGUGCAGGUUUGCACGACGACCCCGUGCAUGUUGGGCGGCUGUGGAUCCACGGCUGUUCUUGAAGCCAUCGAAAACCAUCUCGGUAUCAAGGCGGGUCACACAACGCCUGAUAAGAUGUUUACUGUGAUUGAGGUUGAAUGCCUUGGUGCAUGUUCGAAUGCGCCCAUGAUCCAAAUCAACGAUGAGUACUAUGUACGUAUUUUCUACAAUACACACACACACACGCACACCAGUGGAUCAUCUAACGCUGAACAGGAAGAUCUUACGCCUGAAUCUGUUGUCAAGGUCCUGGAUGGCCUCGCUCGCGGUGAACAUGUCAAGCCAGGACCGCAAAAUGGCCGUCUCACGUCUGCGCCUGACAAUAAAAACAGGACUCUCACUGAAGAGGUAUGUAACCACAGAUUCGACAACUAA